GAGGACUUUGUGCUGGUUUGGGCCCGCGGCCCACAUGGCUGCUGCCACUAGCCAGCCCCUGGCGUGCGUGCCUGUCGUGCAAGUGGCCCAGUACCUUAAGGCAGGUACCUGCAGCCGAACCACAAUGCAACGACGGGUGGGCCCCAAGACCCGACGACAGGCAACGUUGACCCUGCCACGCCAGCGCUAUUCUUACUUACAUCAGGGUUGCACCUGCCUGCCCGCUCCACGCUGCGUUCUCCUCCUCCUCCUUCCUUCCUUCCUCUUGAGGUCUUUGCUGCCGCUCUUGCACGCGCCUCGCCUGCCGUCUUCGUUGUCGUCAUCUUCCUUUCGCCCUCCGACCCUCACUCCUUUCGGUGUCUUGUCCGUCCUUUCUUUUCCGGCUGCUCCACGCUCAUUCAUCACCAACUCUGUCUGUUCAUACCAGCAACCCCGGCGGUUCUCUUCAUCCAUACUUCAAAACAACAACAAUAACCAACAACAGCACGGGACUGCAGUUUCAGUCCCAGGAAUAACCAUCCAAAAAGACGAUAGGAAAACCCCCUCUCCAGUACUUUCAGCAACACCUCUACCCGCGCGGACGUUGUUACUCGUUCUGCUCAUUUCCACCACCACGUUGUACAGCCCACCCUAGCCUGUAUCACGGAGUUUCAUUUCGCCAGGUGUAACCGCCACAUUUGUCCACCACCUCUACUGUGAAGGAUAUUAGUUGCCCGCCAGCUUGACAUU